AUGGGCUACUGUCGCAACGAAGCAGGCGACGGCGGAAGCAUCGGCCGAACCAGGUUUUGCUGCGACUCGCAAUUCAACUCCCGCUUCUCUAAGCCUGGCAUUUGUAACAUUCCUGCGCAUAUGUGUCCUGGCAUCAGCGAAUGCUGUGGAACCGAUUUCCACGUCUUCCACACUUGGUCCAACGAGUUCACUUGUGAGAACAACGCGGUAAACAAAUUUAAUCAUGGUGUACGCUGUUGUUGUUGA